UUUCUUAGCUACAAGGAGUAAUCUUUCUAAUCGAAACAGGUGGUCGGUCGGUGUGACCGUGGAAUCGUAUGCACUUCGGGUGAAAUAAACCCACAAUUAAUAUUAUAGAGACAAUCAGAAAAUUGCAGAAUGUCCACACAUACGGACUUAGCUCUAACUGAAAUAUUAGGAAGAGGAUCCAGGUUUUUGGAAGCUGCUAUUCCAAAGUGUGCAGGCUGCAGCGACCCGAUUCUGGAUCGAUUUAUUCUCAAGGUACUGGAGCGAUCUUGGCACGCCAAAUGUCUAAAAUGUGCAGACUGUAAAACGCAGCUGAACGACAAAUGUUUCUCGAAAGGAGACAAAGUUUACUGCAAAGAUGACUUUUUCAGGAGAUUCGGUACAAAAUGUGCAGCCUGCGACAAAGGAAUCCCUCCAACCCAAGUCGUCCGCCGUGCUCAAGACUACGUCUAUCAUCUCGAGUGUUUCUCUUGUCUCAUAUGUAACCAACAAUUGAACACGGGAGACGAGUUCUAUCUGUUGGACGAUAGGAAAUUAGUUUGCAAAGCGGAUUACGAAACCGCAAAGUCCAGGGAAUUUGAAAUCGAUAGCAGUAAUAAACGUCCACGAACCACUAUAACAGCAAAACAGUUGGAAGCCUUAAAACGCGCCUACAAUGAAAGUCCAAAGCCAGCACGGCACGUCAGAGAACAGCUCAGCGCAGAAACUGGACUGGACAUGCGAGUUGUCCAAGUAUGGUUCCAGAAUAGGCGCGCCAAGGAAAAACGCCUGAAGAAAGAUGCCGGCCGCCAUCGGUGGAAUCCGUAUUUCAGGCAGAUGAAACAAAGACACCACGCGGGAGAAUCGGACGGUGCACUCAGCGCAGACGACACUCUAUCUGAUGGUGCCGUGGACAUUUCUUAUCAAAAUGACAUUGACUCAAUGGACACUAAUCCUAAUCUAGGCCGUUCAGGCGACCUUUUCGGUAUGGGGCAGGCUUUAGACCAUGAACCCCCCAUGGGUCAGGUCCCUGUGGUGCCACCUGGGACGCCACCUGGUGACACUUGGUUGCACUACGGCGGCCCUCCCGCUAACACUGCUUACAUGGGCAGACACUCACCAUCAGUAGGGCAGCAGAUCAUGCAAGAAUCUUUGGGCUUGGUUGGGGCGCCUCCUGGCUUGGGCCGGGUGCUGCCACCAGACGUCAGUGACAGUGAGCAAAGUUUUGGUGACUAUCCACCACGUUCUACACCAAACCACGUUGAGGUGUACUGAAAACUUGAACAGUCAAAUGUACUUCAAUAUGAAAAAAAAAGCUAUUUACAAUGGGACUGGCUCCCUGUGUUCAGGAACAGCUGACCCCGGCUGCAGAGUUGAAAG